AUGAACUUCAUUUCGAUCCCAGAUUCAGACCUUGCGGUGCUUGAUUCAAUUCGACAGCAUCUUCUAGAAGAUGUAUACGAUUUUAAUUCUUUUACCGAAUCAAGUUCAUGCAAUUUUUUUAUUAAUGAAAUGCCUUGCUGCAAUGUCGAUAAAAUCACCGAUACGGUGAAAUUUCCUAAGCAAGAGAGGGUUAAAAUGCAGGAAGUGGAGAGGCCGCAUGGCAGUUAUUCUCAAGACUGGAAGAGGUAUAGAGGUGUGAGGCGGAGGCCUUGGGGAAAGUUCGCGGCAGAGAUCAGGAAUCCGGCUAAGAAAGGGACACGAAUAUGGCUGGGAACUUAUAACACCCCUGAGGAUGCUGCAUUGGCUUAUGAUAAAGCGGCUUUUAAGUUACGUGGCUCUCGUGCUAAGGUUAAUUUUCCAGGAAUGAUUGGGUCUUACAUCUCAGAGCCUAUUCGUGAUACAAUUAAGGGCCAACCGACGUCCUCAGCAUCCUCUUCAUCUUCAGCUAUAUCAGACAAUUCUGAGUCAUCGAAGAGGAGAAAAGUUGUAUCAAAGUUAUCUGUUCAAUGUUCUAGUUGUGGUGACUUGUCUUGUAUUAGUAGUUCAAAUGCGAGUUGUGAUCCUUCUUCUAGUAAAAAUGAUAGUUCAUUAUCAAGCUAUGUUUUGUCUCCUGGUGGACGGAAAUAUUAUUCACCAUCUGUUGUUGAUCUUAGUUGUGUGCCAGCUAUUAAUCAAGUUCAUGACAACUUGGAAAAAGCGUUUGUAUUUUACAAGAAUUAUGGUCGUUUAGGAGGUUUUGAUGUUCGUAAGGGAACAGAAAAGAGAGCUGAUGAUGGAACUAUUAUUCUUAAGCAUUUUGUUCGUAAGGGAACAAAAUAA